CGGACUUCGACACCGCACCCGCUCAACUCACACAACACAACAAACCGAAUUAUGCCAGCCCCUAGUGAUAUUCUUUCUGAUGUGGACAUCGCUCAGGCGUACGAAGAUGUCAGAUCCGACAAGUCAGAGACGACAUGGCUGGUGUUGAAGUACGCAUCGGGAACACCGGACUCGCUGAAGCUGGACAAAACUGGCACGGGGGAUAUCGCAGAAAUGUGCGAAUGUCUGGGGGAUGAUGAGGCAGCAUAUGGAUAUGUACGGGUGACGCUGGGAAACGACGAAUACAGCGAGCGCACGAAAUUCGCCUUUGUAGUCUGGGCUGGCCCGAAUACGAAAAUCAUGCGCAAGGCUAAAAUGAGCUUCCAAUCCGGUCAGGUUAAGCAGGUUCUUAGAAGUUAUGCCGUCGAAAUCCAAACCGAUGAUAAGAAAGAUCUUGAGCAAGAGGUAGUGGUCAUGAAGUUGAGAAAGGCGAUGGGCGCUAAUUAUGAUCGUCAAAAAUCAACGUACUGAACACGGACGGAGAUCAUACCUAGAGACGAGAAAGAAGGAAAGUAGUCUAGUAUCUUAGCACUCCUCUGUAUUAGCCACGAGAAGCUGAUAAGUAGACAUAAACUAGACAACAACUAAACUUGUGUGCGUUCAGACCCAGG